UACCUAUUAAUUAGAAGUUUUCCAAUCGGUAGAAAGGGGAUGACGUAAUGGGUGGGAUAUGGAUUUUUCUCUAGCGAUGGAUUCGAUUUAAUCUUGAAUGUACGAGUUGAAAUUUAUUUCGAUCGAACUUUCAACCAAUCCUGCCUAUUUUUCUACGUAUUAAUGUAAAACGUUUUGCACGCUAUAUUUCACACUUAAUAAAGCUGCGAGAGAAAAAGUAAAAUUAAUACGGCGUUAAAGUAGAAAAUUGAAACGAAAAUUUUAACUUUGCAUCGACAUGAUCUUUUAAUAUUAAUCGAAGGCUCGUGCUUUUGAUAAAGAUAAAGAUCUUUUAAUUUCAAUCGCGGAGAGUCACGUGACAAAGGUUUGACUGUUGCCAUGGAAACCGUGACACGUGUCUAAUGGUAUAAAGAUCGGUCGAAGCGCGCGUUUUCAUUCAGUCAGACACGCGUUACGGAAGAGUUUGUUUCGUGUCGAUAUAAAAAAAAAAGUGUUCGAUAAUAUUAAUACUUUCACCUUUUUUUAUCAUUAUCAAUAUUUCUAAUAUCGUAUUCUUUAAAAUUUAAUCCAUUGUUGUUAUUCUUUUAUCUUUGUUAUUCUUUUAACGAGAGAAAAAAAAAUCGUAAAUUCCAAUCGUUUUGCAAAAACCACGAUUUUCUUGAAAAAAGCAAAAAACUUUUUUCUCGUUUUUUUGUUUUUGGUUUUCUAAUUUCUAUCUUAAAUUAAUUAUAUUAUAAAUAUUUAUGGGCCGAAAAAAAGCAUUAAAUCGAGACGGUUUAUUGUUUUUGUUCGAAUUCAUCGCUAUUUUCGGAGAAAGAAUAUCCCGUCCUCGGGUGAGAGUAGAAAAGGGGUUAUGAAAGAGACGAGAGGAAGAGGCACUCCUUUUGGAGACCACCGCUGGAUGAUUGCCAAUGAAUGCUUAAACGUAAGGUACCUGUUGAUAAUCGCGUGAUACAAUGUCUGGUGCGCCUUACUCCAUUUUAGACUCGAGCUCGACUCUUCUUUGUCACGUGAUAUUACGUCGCUAUUUUAUUCCACCUACCGUAACGCUUGUCACUUUAACGUUUCGCGUGGGAUAUAAUUUUACGACAUUAUUGUACGACCGAAUUUAAAAUGAGUUCACGCGUGACGUUAAACUAAGAUAAUUUUUUGCAAUCGUUAUGUUAACGUGAAUUUUGUUAUCGAGAAAUUUCAUCAAUAAACAUAUUUCUCCUUUUUUACGCAAAUGCAAAUGCAUAUUGUAAUUGGAAAAAAAAGGUUAGAGAAAUAGAAAAUUAUAUUUUUAUAUCCUACAUUAAUUUUGCAUAAUACGUAUUCUUUGCAUAUAUUAAUAUAUAUACAUAUAUAUUUUUUUGUAUUUGAAAGUAUUCUUCGAGCACAAUGAGUGAUAUCAAUCAUAAAUUUUUCGAAAUUCUUUUUACUCUCUCGAUUCCUUUUCGUCAUAUAUUUUACGAUAACGAAUAAAUAUUGCAUGUCGCAUAUAAUUUACAUAUCAUGUAUUACAAUAUAUUAUUACAGCUGCAUAAAAACGUCUGCAUUCAUUAUAUAUGAUUUUAACCGUUAUCCAAUCAAAUCUAUUCUUCGAUAUUAUCGAAAUAGUGUGAAAAUUUUCGCCUAAUAAAUUACAAGACGCUAUUUUUAAUUUUCUUUUCUAAAUUAAAAAAACCGUUUAUGCGUAGUAAUAAUUAAUAAGUUAUCGAUAAAUAACCAAUUGUUAAAUUGUUUCCUUUUUGGCAAAAAAUACUGGACGAUUCUUUCGUUAGUUAUCUCGAAGGCAGUACUGCUGAUCGCAUCGCUGCGAUGAGUGAUAUAUCGACCAAUGAUAUCGACGCAAGAGCAAUAUCGACCUAUGAUGUCACACCGAAGAUUACAGAUUACUCAUAGUUGCAAUCAGAAUAUGUGUGUGUGCGCGCGCGCGCGUAUGUGCAUAUUAUAUAUAGAGAAUAUAUACUAUAUGGAACGAUUUAAUAUUGGAGAUAAAAAUUAUAUGAAAAUAAAAAAGAAUAAAUAUUAUUAUUCUUGAAAAAUUUCAAAUUAUUCGUUGAAAAUUGUAAUGUAUAAUAUAUACGUAAUAACGAACAAAAGUGGAGUUUUCUUAAUAAAAAUAUAGCAGAAUGAAUUGAAAAGAAGAAAUUCUGAACGUUUAACCAAAAUCUACGAUUACCGGAGAAAUUUUUACUCGUAGUAUUUUCCGCUGACGUGAAAUGCAUUGAAAUAUAGCGAAAAAGGUUAAAAGUCUUGCAGUAGAAAAAAAAAACUACUGAAACUUUAAAAAAAAAAAAAAAAAAAGCAAAGCCAUUGCUGCUAUACCAGCAAAAAUUUAUGUUUCUGAUCCGAUGUAAAAUUUCACUUAACAAUGAAAAAUCUAGUUUUCACAAUGAGAAUCGAGUUUUUAAUAUCUCUCUAAAUUAAAUGCGUCGAUAUUUAAUUUUGAUAAUAUUGAUAAAAGGAUGCGAUAAGCGUCUGCAAUAAAAUCUUCGAUAAAUCGAAUUUUAAUGUUGAUCCACUUUAAACAUUCACUUUCAAUGAUAAACUAUUAAAAUAAAAAAAAACAGUUUCCAUUUCCGUUUCAAUAUUAUCUUUGAUAUCGCGUAUAAAGAGGAAAAUAACGUGGAAAUAUCAAUUGAAGUUAGAAAAAAAGAAAAAAAAAAAUUUCAAAUACAUUUAUCUAUUUGUCGUCAUAAAUUACGAAGUAGCAUAAAGUUUCGAUUUCUUUUCUAGUUUUUCAAAAUCUAAUUUUCUCUAAUGCAAGAUAAAGCGAAAUUUUAAUUAUACGAAAUGUUCAUCUCUCGAAUCUUUUCAGAGAUUUUUCAUUGGAAAAAAAAAAUUGUGAAUAUUUUACGCUAUAUGUUAAAAUUGAAAUUUUUAGGUUAGGCGAAUGUUCUUGCAAGAUGGAGUCAGGUUGAAUGCGUUCGAGCUAGACGAUGGAACAAUUCCAUUUAAACGCGUAAUUGAUCGCAAACGGUUGGCCAACCGUUGUCUCGAUUCGAGCUAUUUACGUGAUACUCGGUUGGCCAAUUAUUUUGUAUCAUAUGUUGGCAUUCAAGUGUGCGCUUUGCAAAAACAAUUAUGCGACGCCGCGAUUGGCAGACGUUCGUUUCCAUGUAUACGCAACGAGACCCAUUAAACGACCAUUUGCCACGCAAAUAAUAGCUGAUGCGCCGAUGCACUCGUUGUACUCUUUUUUUCCUUUUCCCUCUUUCUCUGCGCGUGGUGGGAGAGCACCAUCUCGUUUCUCUGCCCAACGCAACGCCGCCGUCGAAUUUCAGAUUGCGCUUUAAUAUCGGCGCCCGCUUAAUCCGCGAUGACGGUUUUUCUGGGAUUUCGUCGCUUUAUUACAAAAAAGCUUCGCCUCGGUGGACGGCAGAUGUCACGUGUGCUUUUUUUGUUGGCCACCCUGUGUGAACCGCUUCCAUCUCUAUGCCGCCGCUGCGCCGUGUCGUAACUCGUUCGUUCGCUUCCAAUUCACUUUUAAAAUGUGUUCUCGUGGACAAUUCUGCGUGUACCAUUGAACAGUGAAAAUGACCGUUUCGUCCAUUCUUCUUAAUUCUUCUUUGCUUUUCUUUUCGCGAUUAAAUCGAUUUUUCUUCCGUUCCAUAGUUUUGCGUUCAUUCACCGUGAUUCUAUUCACAAGUUGGAAACUUUGCAUCGGAAAAAACGAAGUAAGAGAAAGUACGUUCUUUUUUUUUUUUUUUUUCUAUUCAUCAUUUUUCACUUACUUUUUACUUACGCGUGAUAAUUGUUGUUAAUUAAUCACGGUGUGUAAUAGUUAGAUUAGGUUAGGUUAGAUUAAUACAAUAUUAUUAUACACAAAUUAUAACGAUUUAUAAACGAAUAUAAAAUAAAAGAUGGAAAAUAUUACUGGCAGAAAAUAUAUUGGAAUAUUUACUCCAAUUUGAUUUAUAAUAUGGAUUGCAAGAACGAAUAAAAAGUGCUGAAUGCGCAUUCGUUCCCGUUCUUCUUUUCAUUAAUCCAUGAAACCAUAAAGGUAACAAUAGGAAAUACAUUUUUUUUUUAUCGAUUUUCAAAUCAAAUUCGAAUUUGUUAAGAAUUGUAUUAUUAACUUUAACGAAAAAUCUAACUUAUAAAUUUGUUAACGGUAAUAAGAUUUUAAAUUCGAUAGAGAGAGAAAAAUUUUAUUUCGCCAUGAAAAUGUUCGCCGAGUAACAUUUAGUUGGAAAUUCAAUAUCAACUCCUUGAUAUUUAGAUUGAUGGAAUUGUUGAUUAAAUAAGAGUAGUCCGAUUUUCGUAACUAAGGCAGAUGCUCGAAACACUAUCCUGACAUUGAUCUAAUAAUGUAGUCCAGUAAUUAACGAGAUAACCUCAUUUUGUAUUGUUUCUUCGUCGAAGAAGAUUCACGUUUCGAGACGUUAAAUCUGAUCAACGUCGACAGAAAUUCUCCAUCGCGUCAUCGAUUAGAUAAUUAUUUCUUUCUAAUUAUUAUUUUACACACGAUAAAAAUUAAAUUUCUCUUUGAAUAUUUUUCAAUUCAUUUUUAUUGUCAAAUUCCAACGUAUCGAACCAGAAAAAAGGUAAUAAUUUUGACGUAUCAUAAUUCAACGUUGUGUACAAUUUUUCAUUAUUGUUUCGAUAAUUUGAUAUUACCAUUUGAAAUAUUGAAUGUUGAAUCUAAAUGAUAUUUUAUUUUUCAAAAAAAAAAAAAAAAAAAACAGGAUUAACACACUAUUUGUUUCAAUCAACAGAAAUAUACAUAUAUAAAUUUGCAAUGUUACGUUUUAAACAAUUUUUAUGUGAAAUUAUCAAAAUUUAUUUAUAAUACCGAAACAUUUUAUUUUACAUUUUAUGCGUCCUUCCAAUCUGUUUCUCGAUGUUUUUACGAUAUUUUAUAUUUCGCGUUCAUAUAAACACGAAUGAUUUUCGGAGAAUUUUUAUUUUCGUAUUUUAUAUUUUCUAAUUCCGUACAUCUUCGCUAUUAAAUUCAAAAAUUUGAGUGCACGUAAUUUCGAAAAUCUAUUUACGCCGAUUCUUAUCUGCAAUUCAGUUUUAAAGCAGUCGAAAAAAUAUUUUUCGAAAAGAAACAUCGGAUCGAUGCAUUUUUUUUUUUAAGAAUAAAAAAAUUUCUUAUUAAUGAUUUAUUACGUAUGAACAUAUCGCGAAUUUUUUUAUUCGCAAGUAUAACCGAGUUUAUUAAUAUUAAUUUUAACAAGUUAGGAUUUAAAUAGUUAAAAUUUAUUUCAUUUUCCAUAAAUUCCAAAUCAUAUUCUCCUUUUCAUUUGUUUAAUCUUUUAAAAUCUCGGAUUAAAAAUAAUUUCACUUUAAUAUUUCAUUUUCCAACUCUAAUCGUUAAUCCCCGAAUUCCAAGAGCAAAGAAGCUAUUGAUUCGAUCUUUUCAAAGUUAUCAGAGAUACAUACCACCGCGUAUUUUCUCGUUUUGAGUUUUGUAUUCUUAUCGCAAGUUGCACGGAAUCUGGGGAAAAUCGAACGGAAUAAAAUCGAAGGUAAAUGUAAAGUUCAGCAAUUCCGUAUAACGGAAUAGAAUCGUGGAAUAAGAACAAAAUCGAUCUUCGUACGGUACAAUAGCGUAUAUAUCCGGCGACAAAUUGUACAUAUUGAAACGAAUUUCGAAGCUCGCCGACCGAUACUUCCUAUUCUCUCUGCGUAAAAGGGUAAAAUUCGAAAAAUCUGUUAAAAUAAAUUUUUCGAUUCGAAACCGAUCUCAAAUGAUUUUUUGGAAGAUUUGUAUCAGAAUUUAAAAAUUAAUUUGAAAAAAUAUAAUUUCGAAGAUAAACAAAUUCUUUAAAUGAAAUUUAUUCUAAGCGAGCGAAGAGAGAAUUCGGUUUGAUGAACGGAACGAAUGACGACACGUUUUAAAAAUUAACUAGUGUUCGAUUAAAUUGAAUUACGACUCGAACGAGGGAAGCAGAAAUAUCUUAACCGUGGUUUUUUUAAUAAUUCGAAAGGAGAGAGAGAGAGUAAGGGGUAUUUUUGUUCUUACUUCACAAUUUCUUUCGUUUAACACGACGCGAAAUCGGUGAACGUUACAUCUGUUCCCAACAGUUCUUCCAUCCCAUUCGACUUUCCCUCGACUCGCAGUUUUCAUCGUCCCCUCUCCUCGUUCGUCCCAUCCCUUCCCCCUCUCCUUCGGCCACUCGGUCGCCAGAGUGGGGGAAAGAGUGGAAGAAUACGGCGUGAGAGCACGCGGAGCAUUUCAAUAAACGACAGGAAGAAUAGCAGCCGGUACAUUCCUUCGUUGGAUCGUCCAGAAUGGCGAGCACAACCCGGUCACGCACUGUGAAACUUACUUACGGUUUUCUAUCCACUCCCAUCCUAUUAUUUCCAGUUUAAACGUUGCCAACCUUGCAGAAGAUUCGAAGAACGAACGCGUAAAAGGGUCCAAGGAGUGAAUAGUGUAAUUUAUCGUUGUUUUUGGCCAAUAAAUACUGGAAAGAAUAAACGAGAGGAAACUGUAAGGAAAAUUCGUAAACGUUCGUUUAAACGCUUUAAUAGCAUUUUUAGCGUAUUUGUUUCUGAAUUUUCUGAAACGAAAUUUUUCACGUUAUUAUUUCCACCUUUCGUUAUAACCAUUUAAGGUUAUCAUAUAUAUACAGUUUCUGCGAGUUAAAGAAGAUUUUAUUCGACGUUAACGACCCACAAAUAACUUUGAUUGGUCGGGGAACCGUCUAUUCGCGACUAGCAAUUAGCACAAUCCAAGUUCGACUACUUCUUAAGUAUUAAGUAGCUUAUUAAGUAGAUUUCUGUAAAGAGAACUUUUCAAAGAACUAAUUCGUCGCAAAACUUAUUAUUAUCGAUCGAUGUGCUUGAGUUUAAAAAAAAAAAAGACUCGACUUUAUUCAUUAAAUUUUUAGAUUUAAAAUUUUUGAAAUUUUUUUUUUUUUUUCAUCUUUUCACUCAAAUUCGACGAAACAUUUUAAUUAAAUAUAUAAAAAAAGAGGAAAAAAAAGUUGUGAGUGUAUUCGAAAUAUUUUAAUCAAUAUCCCACGUCGAGGAAGAAGAAUUCGAAACUUUUACCGAGCUAUUCGCCAGGAUGACAAGGACUUUGCAACCGAGGACGAAUCGCCGAAUAAUCUCGAACGGAAUAUGAAACUAAAAUAAAAUUAAAUUCGAAGCGACGAUUUUCCAGAUUGUCAGAUUCAAAUUUCUGGUCCAUAGAAAGCAACUCGCCUUUCUUCUUUCCUUCACCAUCCAAGUGUAUACAAUCAAAGAGUAAACAAAGAGGAAAGGAAGUAAGUGGACGGGAGGAGGGGGAAGUGGAAGAACAGCUCUUUGAUGUACGAAUCCCUAAAAUCGUCGAGUAACGUGCCAAACUGUCGUCGCAAAAGUGAUUGAUUCUCAUGGCAGCACGGAAACUUGCAGCCCUCUUCACCGCAAUUCUGCAUCUUUGCUUAUGUCAAAUAACUCCAGAACCAUUGCCAGAAUUUUUAGCUCCUUUGGAGAAUCACACGGUGAUCCAGGGCCGUGACAUCUUCUUCACUUGUGUCGUGAAUAAUCUACAUUCGUACAAGGUGGCUUGGAUGAAGUCAGAUUCUCGAGCAAUUUUGGCAAUACAUACACAUUUAAUAGCACAUAAUCCAAGACUCUCGGUUACGCAUAAUGGACAUAACACGUGGAAAUUGCACGUAUCGAACGUUCAAAAAAAUGAUUCCGGUGCUUACAUGUGCCAAAUCAACACGGAACCUAUGCGAAGUCAGAACGGAUACGUGGAAGUGGUGAUACCACCGGAUAUAAUAGACGAUAAAUCUGCCGAAGGUAUGGUAACUCACGAAGGUGGUGAAAUAAAGUUAAAAUGCGUUGCAACCGGUUCACCGGAACCUACCGUCACGUGGAAACGAGAAGAUGGACGGAAUAUCAUUCUCCGAGAAGAUGGACAAAAGCAAUCGUUAAAAUCUUACGAAGGUGAAACUUUAGAAUUAACUGGAGUUCUUCGACAAGAAAUGGGCACGUAUCUUUGCAUAGCAAGCAACAAUGUACCUCCAACAGUCAGCAAACGUUACUCUGUACAAGUUCAUUUUUCGCCUGUUAUAAAAGUAACAAAUCAAUUAGUAGCAGCCCCAGUCAACAGCGAUGUUGUUCUUCAAUGCCACGUUGAAGCUUCCCCACAAGCAUUGAAUACUUGGCAUCAAAAUACAGGUGAAAAACUACUGCCCAGUGAAAAAUAUACAAUGUCGGAAUAUGCAUUGAACGAGUAUUCUUGGCAAAUGAACCUUACCGUUAACUCUUUAGAGAAAAAAGAUUUUGGAGAGUACGUUUGCUCAUCUGUAAAUGCUCUUGGAAAAGCUGAUGGUAUUGUUCGUUUGCAAGAAUUACACCUUGUUGCAAAAACAACUCCUGGCCCUUUCAUAAAAAUGACCGAUCUGAAACCUCGGAAGAAACUUAUAUCGAAAGGGAAAAAAAAGAGUAGUAAUAACAACGGCCGGAGGAUGCAUAUAGGAGGUUUCGAAGAUUUUGAUUCCCAUGGACACGAUGAAGAUCUUGGUACUACGCAAAUUAUGGCUGGUAGUACGCUUCAAGAAGGCCAUAGAACAGAAAGGCCAUUGGUAUCGCCAUCGCUACCUCCACCGUGGUUAAAUAUUAACACUGCCAAUUCGAGGCAUUGUUUGGAACAGAUCACGCUAUUUUUAUUAAUCUUAAGUAUGAUAUUUAUACUUUAAAAUAUACGUUAUUGAGAGAAAAAAAAAUAUAACAACGAAAUUAAUAUUGAUAAAGAAUUAAAACGAUUCGGGAAUAAUUAUAUUUGAUUAAUUUUUAUAUAACUACGAAGAAUUUUUUUAUAUUAAAAUAAGAAAUUGUGUCGUUACUUUUUACGACUGUGAUAAAGACGAACAAUUUAAUAAUUUAUAUUUAUUUAUAUAUAUUUAUUUAUUUGUGAUUAUUGGAGACAAAUUUAGAAUUCGUUUAUACAAUUUGAGAAUCUCUUAUAGUUAUCGUUAUAAUUUUGUUAUUUUUAUUAUAAAUCCUUAAUAAUUCUUUUUCGCAAAUCAUUAUUUUAAAAACGAUAAUAAUAGUAAUACAAAGAGCAAAGUUUAAUAUAUCUCGAUAAGUUAAACUUGUAAGCUUUAAAAUGUUCCCGAUCGUUUAAGAAAAGUCAUUGAUUAAAUGAUAGUAAUUAAUUGCUUUAUAAAAGUAAUUAGUCACCAACGUUUACAAUAAAAUUAAAGUUUAGAAAGGACAGUCAAUGAAGAUUUAAUUCUUAUGGAGACAAAAAAAAAUAUAGGUCUUCCCUUCAUUCGACGAAACAAAGAUGAAUAUAUAUAUAUAUAUAUAUACAUAUUUAUAUAUACAUUUAGAUUUAAUGAGAUAUGCGGCGCGACCAACAUGACAAGGUUUCUCUUAACGAUGUAAAUAUUUACAUGAAUAGUCUAUGAAUUUAAAUUGACACACUAAGUAUUAGAUUCCAAUUACGACGAAAAACAUUACAUAAAUUUUAGAUAAAUUGUAAUUUAAGAAAGUCUUCAUAUCAAAUUUUGUCGAUCUAAUAUGGAUUUUAAACAUUUAAAAUAUAUAUAAAAUAAUCAAAUAGAAAUAUAUAAUUAUAUUUAUGUUCUUUAAAUCUUUUAUAUAUUUUUUUUUAUCUUUUUAUGAAAAAUCAACUCUUCUCUGAUCACACAUAAUUUUAUUUCGUAUAUAUGAUAAACUUCUACUUUAUAUCUUAUUAAUAUUUUAUUUAUACUUAUUUAUAUUACUUUAUUACGUAUACAUUUUAUUCUGCAUAUCAUAUAUGGAAGCUAAAUAUAAAAAUUGCAAUUAAAAUCUCGACUCUAUAUGAAGACUUUUUAAAAAUAUUCUUACUGCAUAAUAAAUUUUUAUAUUUUCAUUACAUAAAAACGUGAAACAUAUAUAGUCUAUUAUAGUCAUUUAUAAUGAUUUAUGUAACGUAUAAAUUUCAUUACGAUAAAAUACAAUACAGAACACUCAUUUGGAUUAUUUUAUUAAAUAAAAAAUUAUAAUGGUUUCGCGACGCGACUAGUACAUAUCUCAAAUUUUAUGUCUAAUUAAAGAGAUGCAAAAAUAGUUGUUAGAAAAUUAUAUCAUAAUUUUUAAUUUCGAUAUAUAUUUUCUAUUUAAAAAAAUUCUAACUUUUAAUCAAAAUUAAAAAUCAAAUCAAUUUAAUAUUCGCAAGAAUGAUUUUUUUAAUGAUUUUCGAGCGAUAAACAUUAAUAUUAUAAAUCAAUAUUUAUAUUUUUACAUUUUAAUGUAUUUAAAUCUCUAAUUGAUAUUACUUUUGCAUCUCUUAUGCUUUUAUCUGCAUUUCAAUUUACAUAAAUCUUGUGCUUUACAUAUUAUUACUGAAAUGCAAAUACAAAUUUAAUAUAUCUUGGUAAAUAAUAAUAAUAAGAAUAAAAAUAAUAAUAAGAAAAAGAAUAAAAAUAAUAAUAAUAAUAAUAAAUUAUUAAGUUAGAUAUUACUAUAUUUUGUACAGUCAAAAGAAUUGGUAUUAAAAUUUUACUUGUGUAUAUAAUUUGAUCUCAUCAGUAAUAUUUUUUAUAUAUUUUCAUCAAUAAUAUUGUUAAGAUAAAUGUUUCUAAAUAUUUUAGAAAUAUUGUAAAUGUACACUAUGCAACUAAUUUUAUAAAAAAAACUAUAUAAAAACUAUAUAUACUUUAUUUUUAAAACAAAUUUAUCAAAAAUUAUUUUUGUACAUUAAAAAGAAUAUGUUUAAUUUAUAAUAUGAAAACAGUACAUUUAAAUAUAAAACAUUUUUUAAACAUAUUUUUUAAUAGAAAAAUAAAAUGAUUAAAGAUCUUGAAUUUUUUUCUUCUUUCUUUUUCUUUUCUUUUAACAAAAAAUCAGAGAUAUUAUGUUAAAUUUGUUUAAUAUCUUACUUUAGUAUGCUAAUUUCAUAAAACAUAAUAAAAAUCAAUAAUAAAAGGAUUUGUAACUUAGUUGCAUAAUGUACAAUAUAUGAAUUCUGAAUUAUAAUAUCUCUUCUGAUCAAAAUAUAUAUCACAAAUCUGCAUCUUCCAUACAUUUUGUAUAGUAUUUUCUUACAAAAUAUUCUUCACUUAACAGCAAAACAAAACUCUUUCUAUUGAAAUUAUAAUAAUAUAUCUAUUACAGUAUAUUUUUAAAUUUUUAUAUUUUGAUUACAAUAUACAUAUGUAUCACUUUAUAUAUAUUUCAUAUUCAUAAGUAUAUGAUUUAAAGUAAAUAUUACAAUUGAUAUAAUAUUAAUAUCAGUAUAUUUAAAAAAAAUUUUUUUGUUAUUAUAUUAAGUUAUAAUGUAUUAAGUUUGCAAUUAUUAAAUAGCAUAAUUAUAAUUAUUUAUGUAUUCAGUUUUCUUUUUACUUUAUGAAAUAAAAUGAGAUAUUAAAAUAUAUUAUAAUCAUAAGAAAGAGUUAAGUGUUAUAUUUAAAACUAACUUUUAUAUGUUGUACAUAAUUAAUUACAAAUUCAUUUUAGUCAUUUAAUAAAAGAAUCAUUUAGUUAAAAAAAUUAUGAUAUACUAAUAUAUGAAAUAAAAUACACGACAAUAAAUAUGAUAUAAUGAAACUAAGCCUUAAGAACCUUCUGAGAACAUAAUAUAUAUUCAUAAAUAAUAAUAUAUUAUACUUUAAAAAAUACCAUAUAUAAAUAUUAUUAUAAUCUUUAAUUUUUAUAUAUAUGAUAAUUUUUCAUAAUUUAAUAUACAAUCAUUUAAUUGUGUAGUACUUGCUUUUUAAAUCUAGUAAAAUAUGAUAUUAAUAUAAAUAUAAUUUAUAAUAUAGUUUAUAAGUUCAAAAAUAAAUUACAACAAAAUAAAAAAAUUUAAUAAUUUAUUUAAUCUAUUUAAUAAUAAUUUACAGAUAAUUUAUAUCAAUAAUGUAAAUCAAAUAUUCAUUAUUCUCAUUUAUAUAAAAACUAAAUUCUCUGAGGGUUUUAAAGGAUAAGAUAAAUUAUUUAUUAAAGGAUAAAAUAAAUUAGUAUAUUUCCUAUAUAAAUAUGUAUAUGAACAGCAAGGAAAUAUGCAUAAAAUAUCCUUUUAUUAUAAUGUUAUCCUAUAAAUAUGAUGAAUUUAUUGGCGGUAAAUAUAAUAUACAUGUACACGGUAAUAUAUAAAUCAUAUAGGACCAUGUUUUGUGUAUGUAUAUAUAGUUAUAAAAACACAUAUAACAAUAUGUAACAUGACAUGUAAAUAAGAUAGAAACAAAUAUGGCAUUGUUGAUGAAACUUUAAACUAGAAAAAAAAUUAUUAGCAUAUGAAUAUAAUAUAUGAUAUAAUAAAUAUUAAACGAGACCUCGUUUUAUAUAAAAUAUCAUUAAAUGGUCUCAAAAUGUAACAUAUUAAAAUAAAAAGAAUGUUUAGUCAUUUGUUAGAUAUGUAUUCUAUACAUAACAUAUACAGGAGUCUCUCGUUACGCCAUUCAAAAAGAGUGCCACCAAAUAAUACCGUAUAUAUAAUUUGGCGAUCACUCUUCAAGAAACCGAUGUCGAGACAAUUGUUGUAUUUAUAUAUGUGAAACAAAAAAAUUUAAUAUAUAAUAUAUGAUAUAUAAUAAUAUAAAUCGACAGAUUAUCUUUAGAUAAUAUAGUAAGAGAAAUACCCUGUAAUGUUACAAAUAAGUUGAUGUGCUCAUUCAUUACAUUUCUCACAACGAAAAUUUAAAAUUGCCUUUAAUAAUUAAGUUUUAAAAUCUAGUUGAUCUUGUUUUAUUACACUAAUUUUUUUUAUAAAAUUAAUAAUUUAAUCAAUUAAUUUUUAAAAUUUAAGUUUUUGACAUUUUUAAUCAUUUUUGAUCAAUUAAAAUCGUUAUAUGAAUUAUAACAAUCAAUAUCAAUAUUUUAAAUUGUAAAGAUAGAAAAUCAAUAUUAAUAUCGAUUUAUCAAUAUUGUAAAUUAAAAAGAAGUUGAGUAUGCAAAAAAUCUUUGUCUUUUUUUUUUUUAAUUCAUUCAUAUAUAUUUUGAUAAAAAUUUUGAUUAUUUAUAAUUAUUGACUGAAAAUUAUUUAAUCAUUUUGUAAAUCUCAUCAUGUAAAUCUGUAAUAAAUUAGCAUAAAUAUUUAUUUUAUAUAUAAAUACAUAUUUCAUAUCUUUAUAUUAUGUAUCAAUUCAUAAGAAAAAACAAACUGUUGUGUUUAAAUAUUUAAUUUUAAUUCUAAUUUAUAUCAAUUAUACAUAAUUAAUAUUUUGUUAAAAUAUACUAGUGUAACAAUUAAAUAUUUUACAAAUAUUUAAAUAUAAAUUAUGUUUUAUUAAAAAUUAUAAGAUGAGCUUUAAUAAUUUUAAAUAUUCCAUAAAAAUGCAAUUAAAUGUAAAAAUUAUAUUUAAUCUAUAAACAUAUAAAAUUAAAAAUAAUUAUUGUAUGACUAUGACUAUGACUACUCUCAUGUAACAGGAGGCAGAUAUAAAUACAGAGACAAACAGAUUACAAUUUUACCAUAUUAUUAUUAAAUUCAUAAUUGAAUACAAUUUGUAAAGAGACUUUGUUCUCUCUCUUUCAUUAUCUUUUUGUGUAUCUUAUAAUUUUAGUUUAGUUGGGUAACUUCUAUUGUAUAUAAAAUGUAAUCAACAGUCUGAGAUUAUGAAAUUAUACGCAGCAAUAAUAGUAAUAUAACUACUAACUUGUGUCAUUAAUCAAUAAAUGAUUAUUUAUCUUUUAUAAAUUAAAAAUAUAAAAAUAACUUGCCUUUAUCAGAAUGUAACAAUAAAGAUAAUUAACAUACAAGAUAAUAAUUAACAUACAAUUUAAAGAUAUGAGAAUCAACAGGACAAAUUGCGAUAAAAAACGAGCAUCGUGUACAACGUACACUGUAUGAUAAUAUUAAAUUCAGACAAUAAAAUGUUAUUAUCGAUGUUA